GAAGCAUCAAAUUUAUCGCAUAUGAAGUCACAUCGAAAGGAGGAAAAUUCGCACGUCGUUCCGUGAUCUUCCUUCACCUGUUAGCCUUGAUUGAUCUUCUCGCCUUUGCAUUCGAUUCACAGUUCACUGUUCUUAAUCGGAAUCUUUCUUUGACAGAGAUCAGCCGCACUUUUUGAUUUUCAGAUUUCUUGUGUUUGGCGUCCAACAAUGGGAGGUCACGGCGGUCUGAACAUUCUUCCUCAGAAGCGAUGGAACGUGUACAACUACGAGAACAGAGAGAAAGUCCGGCGAGACGAAGAAGCCGCCGCCAAAGAGGAGCAGGUCCAGCGCGAGCAGGCGCGGAAGCGCGAAGCCGAGUUCCGCCUCGAGCGGAUGCGCCACGCCCGCGGCUUGGCCCCGUCCUCGGCAGCCGUGUCAUCAAUUCCUGAACCAGAACCUGAAUCCAAGCCGAAAACGAACCACAUCAAUUUGUUUGAAGGUAUCAAGAUUUUCGAUCCGGUUUCCGGUGCAGAGGGCAAAGGCGACGACGAAAGAGGGGCAUUCAAGAGGAUGAAGAUAGCGAAGGAGGCAGCGCCGAGAACUGUGAUGCCGGAAGAUGAGAAGUAUAGGAUGGGGUAUGGGAUUGCUGGAAAAGGAGUGAAGUUGCCCUGGUAUUUGUCGAGGCCGAGUGACGAUGGCAAUGCAGCAAGAGAUGAUGAGGAUGAUGAUGACCGUGCAGUCGCGAAGGAAUCGGCUAAGAGUAAGGGGAAGAAGACUUUGGAAGAGCUGAGAGAAGAAAGGUUGAAGAGGGAGAAGAAAGAGAAGGAAAGGGAGCGAGCUCUGAUAAUGGAGAAGAGCAGAAGAGAUGGUACAUUCUCAAAGGACAGAAGAUCUUUCAGGCGAUAGGUUUAAAGUAACUGCAAUUGGUGUAUUUAUUUCGGAAGGUAUUAAGAUGUAUACAUGAAGCAUGCUUGGAUUGUUUAUCGAUGAUGGUGAAGAAAAAUUCUCUAAAAUACAACAUAUUAUGGCUUUGCUUUAUGAAAUUAUUUGGCUUUUGAAUCUUGACGUCCAUGUGCUCUCCAAAAUGUGAAUUUAAAUCCAUGAUUUUGCAGCCUUCAUAUGCUACCAGAGGCUUGUAUACAUUUGCCAACAUAGAGUACACAAUGCCCGCGUCACUAGAUUGAUCAUAAUAUUCUGUGAUGUUUUAGAAGUUUGCAUGUGGAAACUUAGUAAUUCCUCCUCUUUGUUUCAAUUUUUUUCUGAAGUAAUAUAAUAGAAAAAGCUUCAAAGGGGCAGACCCUAUACAAAAAAGAAGAAAAUAACGAGAGAAGUUGAUUGCUAAAAAGCCUAAAAUCCAAAUAGCAUACAAUUUAGAUGCUAAGAAGGCUAGUUAGGAUAAUGGAAACUAUAGCAGGUUCUCCUCUGUAGGCACAGGAAAUGACAUUUACUGAGAUUUUUGGUGCCCAGUUUAAAACUGAUUAAUGAUUGGACGUUGUAUCUUGUAGUCAUGGAUGUCUUACAGAUCUAGCAAGGAUUUUCAUGCUUAGAAAAGUUUUAAAUGGGUCUAUUGUAUGCAAGAGGUCUGCUUCUCAAAUUGAAUCACGAGGGGUAUUUCCACUCCAAAAGUGAGCCCCUACAGUACUCCCUCUUCUAUCUGUAGUUUAUUUUUCAAAAGUGUAUAUGCUUAUGCAAAGAAGGAAGAAGUAAGUUUGGGUAAGGGUGCAUACCCGUACCUGUCAUCCUCCGGACACUAAUAACUCCACAAUGCUCUAAUUAUAAGGAGUGCUAUACAUGAGAUAAUUUUGAUUACCGUUCUGUUAUUGUUUUACCCUCAAAAUCAUUGAGGGUGAUGGUCACCCCGUUAAAGGGGUGAACAAAAUCGCACUCAAUUAAUUAUAAGGGGGGAUGAGCGGGAGUAAGACCCCACUGAUGCACCAUGUUCACUAGUCAUCUCAGCAAAACCUUAGCGCACACGAUGCUCAUUGAAAAAAUAAGGAUCUAAUUGACAAAAUAUAGCAACAAAGGCAAAACGAAGCUCUAGGCAGGUAACUUUUUUAUAAACAGGAUCAUCAUCUUCUUCUUCUUCUUUACGUCUUUCCUACCAUAUUUCAGUGGACAUUAAUCUUGAGCUCACCAUGAUUUUGCAACUAGGUUUACCUCAACCAAUUUAAGCGCCAGAGGACUAUCUCCAGACACCUCGGGGCUGCUCUUCAAUGUGGUUGCAGGAAAGGAGGAGACUACUCAUGUUACUUGAUCCAACUCAACAGUACAGAACCUUCCAUUGAACCAGGUCACAAUUUCUUGAAGGUGCACGAGACUACAAUUACUAUGAUUUAGCUCCUAACUUUUACUUGUUCCCAACCAUACACCGGUUAUAUAUAGAGGAGACCGGCUCUCAGUUGAGGCGGCGAAGAAGAACAAUCUCCUCCUCUAACAAGGAAGAAGGGAGAGAGAGAGAGAGAGAGAGAGAGGGUUGUUGGAAUGCUGCCAUGGGGAAAGUCAGAAAACAAGCUCUCAUGCAUGCUGAGAAUCUUACGUUACCCUCGGUUCAGGUCAUAGUAAUAAGUGCCAACCUUGGCUGUGCUUAUUGCCUUCGACGAGCCUCCCAAGUUAUAGCCAGGAUGAGCGGAUUGAGGGAGUACACAGUAGACUUGAGCAAUAAACAGGUGACGGUGAAGGGUGAUACCAAAUUUAGUAGGAACAGGAAGCUGCAUCCCACCAAGUUCAGAUUCAGUACCCUUCUUCGUUGCAUUCCUGCAGGAUGCUGCAUGUUCUAGUUUAUCAAGCCCACCACACAUUGGAAUUUGCGUAAAUUAAUUAAAAGCAAAGAAUUUAGAGGAUAUAUUGCAAUUUGAUGUAAAUGGUACGACAACUCCUCCAUUUCAAUGUUAUCAAACCGAUUCUUGUCG